AUGGCUGACAGUGAUAGGAGUGAACUCUGGGGUGAACAAAAUGUGUUUUCCCUUGGAAAUAUCGAGCCAGUUGACAUCCAUAAUGGCUUUAAUCAAAAUCAAGGCCUUCAGAUUGAGAAUGAUACAACACCUCAAGUUAGAAAUGACAAUCCAAUCCAGAUUAUCGAGUAUAAUGUUGAGAUAUUUAUUGGCCAAGUACAAGAAGAGCCAUGUUUAUGGAACACUUCAUACAGAGCGUAUAAAGAUCAGACGAAACAGAAAAACGCCUGGUCUAACAUUGCUGCGAAAUUCGGGAAAGACGGUAAGUCAUAUUAUGAUUAUUAAAAUAUUCCUUGAAGUUGAUGGGUUGAUGAUAUAAUUUUGUGUAUAACCACUGGUCCACUGUGACCUGCAUUGAGUCUCUAGUUUAUGCGCCAUUUCUUUCAAGUAAAAACGCAUUCUAUUUUUGGACAUUCAACAUGUCACUCUAUAAUAUUAAGUAAAAACCAUUGUUCCUUUUCAGGAUUUAUGGGUUUAUAUUUAUAACAAAAAUAAAAAUUCAAAAUUAUUAAUACUUAUAUUGGUUUUAUGCAUCAAUCAACAUCAGCAAUACUCAUUUCCAUUGGACCAGCCCCAGGUAUUGGAAGCUUUAUUUCUGGGCCAUGGCAAUUAUUAAAUGCCUAAUCCCAAGGAAUUCCACCCAAUUAAAUGUCGAGGGAUUCACUCUCAGGAUUUCCAGGCUGAAAUUUCAUAAACCUGGAGAUUUCCAGAGUGAAAACUCUUAAAACCUGAGGACUUCCAGUCUUACAUUUUUAAACCCCGAGGAUUUCCAAUGUUCUCGACAGGGGGGGGUGUACAGACAUUAAAUGCCAAUCUACUUGUCAGGCAUACUUUGACCCUAGGUUAGGGAGUGGUCAUUAUUUAUGGGGAGGGGGGGGGGUUGGGAAAUGGGGAAAAUAAGGAUUGAAAACUUUUUUGACCCCCCCUCCAGACUGAAGGCAAACUUUUUGUGCCUCCCCCCUCAUAAAAGUAGAAACUUUUCUGACCCCCUCCCCCCCAGUGUGGAUUGAAAAAUUAACAGCAAUGAAACAGGUGUGCGUUGCAGGUAAAGUUAGAUAUUAGGACAAUCUGUUUAAUCUAGCUCAUGAUGUUUUACCCUGGUGAAUAUGAUUCAAUCAUAUAUGAUUAACCUAACCCAUGACCCGUCUUCAUACAGCAAAAUGAUUUGAACACAGGGUUUUUUUAAGAACUUGUCUGGGGGGUGGGCAUCUACAAAAAGGGACCAUACUAUAUUGAGUGUGGAGAGAUGACAGAUGGUUGUUGGUGACAAAAAGUUUGGUGAGGUAUCGUAUGUACUAGUAGGGAGGUCUGGGGGUAUUAUCCCCCAGAAAAUAUUUUGUAUUUUUCCACCCCUAGAACUGAAAUGUGAGCAUUUUCUGAAACAGAUUUUUGGAUAUGCAGCUUACAUUGUGCGUUGAUAGACCGAAUCUGAUCAGUUAAGUGUACUUGCAUGGUAUGUUUAUGUAAAUACCACAACUGGGUCACUCAGGGGGUAGAAAGCUUGUUAUACUUAGUGGGUCCGAUUCCCACGAUCGCGAGGUGCUACCAUGGUUGGCGCCGAGCAGGGAAAUUUUGAAAAUUUUGAGUCUCUAGAUCGUUGGAAAUAGCAUUUCAGAGUCUUCUUUUUUGCUAUUUGUGAUUAUAGAAAUCAGAACUCUAGACAUGGUAUUUAAGUUCAAAAACUUUUUUAUGGAAAAAAGGCGUGGCGUUGGGGUUUUGUUUGAGGUUGAGGCUUAUCAGGUUUGCCCCCAUUUCCCAACCCCCCUCCCCAUAAAUAUUGACCACUCCCUAAGGGCUUUUCAACAUUACAUUACAUAUUAAAAUUACUAUAAAUUACUUCUAAAACUACCUAUGUUACAUAUACUUAUCUUAUUAAUGCCAAGAAGAGAGAAUACUUAUCUGGACUGUCUCAAUCAUUAUACAACAACUCUAAAUCAUUUUGGAGAUUUUUUAAGUCUAAAUCUUCAAAAUCUUCCAUACCUGAUGUAAUUAAGAUAGGGGGUCUUAAACUAUUCUCUUCUGAAGAAAAGGCUGAUGCUUUUAAUACUUAUUUUGCGUCAGUUUUUACCUCCGACUCAAAUUCUUCUUUACCUUUAAUUUCUCCUUCGCAGUCAUCAUCAAACUUUCUUGACUCAAUAACUGUUUCUGAAUUUGAAGUUCAAUCUUUGUUAUCCAGUUUGUCACCCUCUAAGGCUACUGGGCCUGAUGGCAUACCAGCAUAUCUUUUAAAGCGCUGUUCCGAAGUCAUCGCUCCGUCUUUAACAGUUAUCUUCGAGUUGUCUCUUCAGCAGGGUGUAUUUCCUUCUGAAUGGAAAUCUGCUAAUGUGGUUCCAAUACCUAAGAAAGGUGACGCUCAUGAAGUCACAAACUACAGACCUGUUUCAUUACUCUCCCAAGUCUCAAAAGUACUUGAACGCUUGAUUUUUAGACAGGUUUCUUCUUUCAUUAAGGACUCUUUGUAUGACAUUCAACAUGGCUUUCGCUGCAAUAGGUCAUGUGUUACUCAACUUUUGAAUGUGUUUCACGAUCUCGGUCGUGCUCUUGAUUCUGGCAAUGAAAUUGAUCUUCUUUAUCUUGAUUUUGCUAAAGCUUUUGACUCCGUAUCUCACAGCAAACUCUUGUUUAAACUAAAAUCUUUUGGAAUUUCCGGUCAACUUCUUCACUGGUUCGCUGAUUAUCUCCAUAAUCGGAAACAGCGUGUCGUUAUCGAAGGGGUCUCUUCAUCUUUCCUUAACGUUAAAUCUGGUGUGCCACAAGGUAGUGUCAUAGGUCCACUACUUUUCAUUUUGUAUGUGAAUGAUCUUCCAGAG